AUGGCAACAAAUAACAGAGACCUGACAAAUGUGGAUUUUGAUAACGACUGGAAAUGUGCCUGUCAACAAUCAAAUGAUGAAACUGAUGAAAAAACUAUUAUUUCAACUGCAAAUAACAUUAAUAUAGAUCAACAAUGGUCUUCUAUAGAAUUACCACAUAUUAUCAAUAAUGUUAAACAAUCCUGUAAAUGGUGGUAUCGAAAACAAUUUGAUUGGACAUCAGUAAAUCAACAAUCUGAACAACUAGUCUAUCUUAAUUUUGAACCAUCAGAUAAUCAUGAUAAACAAUCCAAUAUCAAUGCAAUUAUAUGGCUUAACGGUAUACAGAUCUUUUCAGGUUCAUUAGUAUCAUUAAAAGAUCCAAUUGAAUUAUCUUCAAAAUUAUCAUAUAGUGAAAAUAAUCAUAAUAAUAUCUUAGUUAUUUGUUGUAUUAAUACAACUCUUUCUCUUCAUGCUUGUCUUCGUAUUCAUGGAAAAGUAAUUUGUGCUACUGGACAUAUGACCAUAGAUGAAAACAAUCUUGAUAAAUAUAAAGAUUCAGAUGAAAAAUCAAAUGAUAUUCUUGAUUAUACAGUUAGUGUUGAUGGUCCUGAUGGACUUAUUGAUCUAAUAUUUAAUCAGAAACGAAAAUCAAUAGUUACACCAACACCAUUACAACAUCCUUCUCGAUCGAUUAUAAAUGAAAAACAAACGAAUGAAAAUCAAGAUAAUCUUAGUGAUGAUCUUCUUGUAUCUCGUCUAGCUAUUGUUAUACUUAUCGUUGGUACAAGAGGUGAUGUUCAACCAUUUAUUGCUCUUGGUCAAAGACUUCAUGCAGCUGGUCACCGUGUACGAUUAGCAACACAUGAAAUAUUUCGAUCAUUUGUUCGUGGUAAUGGUCUAGAAUUUUAUCCAUUGGCUGGUGAUCCAGCUGAUUUAAUGUCGUUUAUGGUAAAAAAUGCUGGUAUUAUUCCUUCGAUAAGUAGUAUUAUCGAAGGUGACGUGGGAAAAAAACGUCGUUCUCUUGCGGAUAUUCUUGAAUCAACAUGGCAAGCAUGUAUAGCCGAUGAUGAUGAAACAAAAGCAGCAUUUAUCGCUGAAGCAAUCAUUGCGAAUCCACCAUCAUUUGGUCAUAUUCAUUGUGCAGAAAAAUUACGAAUUCCUUUACAUAUUAUGUUUACUAUGCCUUGGUCACCAACAACUACUUUUCCACAUCCAUUAGCAAAUAUUGAUAGUUCAAUUGGACCAAAAGACAAGAUUAAUUUGUAUUCGUAUGAUGUCAUUGAAAUGCUAACUUGGACGGGUAUGCGUGAUAUUGUGAAUAAUUUUCGUAAGAAAACAUUAGAUUUGAGAGAAUUACAUACACGACAAGCAACAAAUGUAUUAAUUGAUGAAUCUGUACCACAUACUUAUUGUUGGUCACCUUCGCUUGUCGCAAAACCUAAUGAUUGGGGACCACAUAUUAAUGUUUCUGGCUUUUUCUUUCUCAAUCUUGGUACUGCUUAUACUAAUCCACCAAAAGAUCUAUUGGAAUUUCUUGGAAUCAAUAAUGAUGGCCAUCAGAUAGAUCGUAAAUUAUCUCCACCAAUCUAUAUUGGUUUCGGUUCUAUUACUGGUCAUGAUUCUCGUCGUAUUCUUCGGAUUGUUGUUGAUGCUCUUGAUCGAACUGGAUAUCGAGCUCUAUUAUCUGGUCUUGCGACUGAUACAGAUCAUUUACCUUCUAAUAUAUUCAAAAUUGGCAAUGUACCACAUGAUUGGCUUUUUCAAUAUGUAUCAGCUGUAUGUCAUCAUGGUGGAGCAGGAACAACAGCAGCUGGUUUACGCGCUGGAAAACCAACAAUUAUUGUACCGUUUUUUGGUGAUCAAUUUUUUUGGGGUAAAGUUAUUGAAAGGAGUGGAGCUGGUCCACGUCCACUGCCUGGAAAAUCGAUUACUGUUGAUCAAUUGGCUGAAGCUUUUCAUUUUGUACAUAAAUCAACUACAUGUGCUGCUGUAGAACGUAUUCGUGAUGCUAUUUUGAAAGAAGAUGGAUGUGCGGCAGCAGUAGAAGCAUUUCAUGCUAAUUUACCUUUAGCGCAAAUGCAUAGCGAUUUAGAACCAACAUUUGCUGCUUGUUAUCGUUCAGAUAAAUAUAAUAUACAAAUAUCACGUCCUGUUGCUCAAGUACUUGUUGCCGCUGGAGCUAUUCAAGAAUCAGAACUUCGUCGUCAUGUUAUACGAGAAUGGCAACUUAUGCAUAAUCAUCGCAUGCGUUUACUUACUCAUGGUAUAAUUGAACAUUCACAAAAAGCUUUUUCAUGUAUGUUCAUUGAUACUGCCGCUGACUUAAAACGUGCUGCUAAUAACGAUAAUGCAGCUAUGGGGACAUUAGAAGGUGCUGGAAGUGUUGCAAAAAAUAUUGGUCUAGGAAUAGGCCAUUUAACGAUUGGGUAUCUAUCAUUAUAUGGUGAAAUGACCGAUGCACUCGAUCGUGUUACUUUCCUUUAUGAUCCCUACAGUGAUCCAAAGGCACGUCCACGACCUCGCGUCACCGAUUUCAAGUCAGGUGCCCAGGCGGCUGGUCAGGCCUUAUGGAAUGGCUGGAAAGAUGGAGUUACUGGUAUUAUAAAACAGCCACGUGUCGGUUAUGAACGACAUGGUGUAUUAGGUGGUGCCGCUGGAUCAUUAAUAGCGACCAUCAAUAUGGGUAUGAAACCUGCGGUAGGCACACUAUCAUCACUCACAUGGCUUAGUCGAGGAACUUAUGCCAGUGUGAGAAAGACAGUAGAAACUUAUAGAAACGAAGGAAGACGUUUUUCAACAAAAUUAUUCGAUACAGCAUCAUCAGCUCAAGACAAUGAACAAUUACAAGUAGAUGACGAUGAAGGAAUCUCAUCAGCCGCUAAAACAGCAGCAAUCAGAUCAGGUUUUCAUCCAAAAGUAUGCCAACAUAUUCUUGAUGGAUUUGAAAAAAUUAAAAUAGAACACGAACAAAAGAUGGUUUCUUCAAUGGAGAAAAAAAAGAAUAGAUUCGAGGCCUUUUCCUGUUGUGGGGAAACGCCAGUUUUAUCACCGAUAAGACGUCCGAAUUCAUAA